AUGGCGGGUGAGGACCACCAGUGGCAGGGCAGCAUUCUCUACAACAUGCUCAUGAGCGCGAAGCAAACUCGCGCGGCUCCGGAGGCGCCCCAGGCGCAGCUACAGGGCCAGUGCUGGGGCUGCUCCUGCGGCGCGGGGCAGCAGGGGGGCAGAGAGGGGUUGCUGGGCGGGCGGGCCGUGGCGCUCACGUACCGCUGCUGCUUCUGCGGUGACGACCACCCGCGCCAGGGCAGCAUCCUCUACAACAUGCUCACGAGCGCAAAACAAGUGCAUGCGGCUCCCGAGGCGCCCGAGGCUCCACUGAGGGGUCCGUGCUGGGGCUGCUCGUGCGGCACCGAGCCGCCGGUGGGCAGAGAGGGGCUCCUGGGCGGGCAGGCUGUGACGCUCCUGUACCGCUGCUGCUUCUGCGGUGAAGACCACCCGCGCCAGGGCAGCAUCCUCUACAACAUGCUCACGAGCGCAAAGCAAACGCACGUGGCUCCGGUGGCGCCCGAGGCGCUGCAGGGGGCCCCGUGGUGGGGCCGCCCCUACGGCGCACAGAGGCCGGGGGGCCGAGAGGGGCUGCCGGACGGGCGGGCCAUGGAGCUCCUGUACCGCUACUGCUUCUGCGGUGUCGACCACCCGCACCAGGGCAGCAAGCUCUACCACCUGCCCACGAGUGCGAAGCAAACGCACGCGGCUCUGGAGGCGCCCGCACCUCUGCCGGGGACCCCAUGGUGGGGCUCCUGGUGUGGCGCGCAGCGGCCUGUGGCCCUCAAGAGCCCCCAGUUGGUCUGCGAAGCGGCCUCGGCUGGCCUGUUGAAAACGCUGCGCUUCGUUAAGUAUUUGCCCUGCUUCCAGGUGCUGCCCCUGGACCAGCAGCUGGUGCUGGUGCGCAGCUGCUGGGCGCCACUGCUCCUGCUGGAGCUGGCCCAGGACCGCAUGCACUUGGAGACGGUGGAGACCUCCGAGCCUAGUAUGCUGCAGAGGAUGCUCACCACCAGGCGGCGGGAGAUCGCGGGCUACGUGGCACCACCCCUGCCCACGGCGCAGCCAGUGUUGGCACCGCCGCCGGAGACCGGGCAGCUGCCGUCGGUCGCGGAGGUCCAAGCCAUCAAGGGCUUCCUUGCCAAGUGCUGGAGCCUGAAUAUCAGUACCAAGGAGUACGCCUACCUCAAGGGGACCGUGCUUUUUAACCCUGACCUGCCAGGCCUGCAUUGUGUGAAGUACAUCCAGGGACUUCGAUGGGGAACUCAGCAGAUACUCAACGAACACAUCAGGAUGACGCACAGAGGGCACCAGGCCAGAUUCGCGGAACUGAGUUGUGCCCUCUCCCUGCUGAGAUUCAUCAAUGCCAAUGUUGUUGCUGAACUGUUCUUCAGGCCAAUCAUUGGCACAGUGAGCAUGGAUGAUAUGAUGCUGGAAAUGCUCUGUGCGAAGCUAUGAAGUUCACCGUGAAGGAUAAGGUGCUGAGGGCAGAAGAGUACAAAAUAUUGUACAAUAAACUUUCCUACUCUUUUUACAUGCAUAGUAUUUUUGUAUUCAAUUAAAGAAAAAACUGUAGUUACAGACAAUUAAAAAAUCCUCUGUUCCAUACUGUUUCCUUGUGAAGGAAAAUAUUUGCAAACAGGUCCAUACCUCUGUACAUGUUUACAGGAACAGCAGGGCGCUACACUAAUAAGCUAUGCUUACAAGUUUGUUGACUCUCUGAUGGUCCCUGGGUGAUGCAGUUUGCUGUCAGCUACUAACCUAAAGGUUGGCAGUCUGAACCUACCCAGUGGUACCACGGAAGAAAGGCCUGGCAAUCUGCUUCCAUAAAGAUUACAGUCAAGAAAACUAUGGAGCAGUUCUAUUCUGUAACACACUGGGUCACCAUGAGUCAGAAUUGACUUGAUGGCAAAGGAUUUUUUUUAAUAUAUUGCCUCUCUAUUGGAUCUGCUAAUAUAAAUCCGUAACAUGAAGUUAUAAUGCAUUUUAAUGUGUUAACCAUUACCUUGAUUGAAAGGAGUUUUGUCAGAGCUUAAGUAAGACUUUAAAAAUUAUUAAAAAGCUAAUAUAAACGAAAAUUAAGUUAUCUUUGUAGGUAGCAUCAUGACCUUUAAUAUUACAAUAGGCCAGUGUCAGUAGGGGAGGGAUUUGUUCUAUGUUCAUUUCCACUUCCGUUAGUUGUGUGGAAGAAAGUAUCUACACCCAAGUGGUGUCAGAUGGCAAUCUGUGAUCAUAAAGGCAAUCAAUGAUCAAUGAAGUAUGAGAUUUUUCAGAGUUUUGGGAAUUUUUCUGUACACGGCUAUGGAUUUGAAAUAGAGAAAAUUCAGCAAGAAACUUACAUUCUGUAAACCACUGAUCGCAAUCAAGUCAGUUCUGACUCGUGGCAACCCCGUGUGUGUCAGAGUAGAGCUGUGCCCCAUAGGGUUUUCAAUGGCUGAGUUUUCAAAAGUAGAUUGCCAGGCCUUCCUUCCAAGGUGCUUCUGGGUGGACUCGAACCUCCAUCCUUUUUGUUAGCAGCCAAGUGCAUUAACCACGCCACCCAGGGACUCCUGCGUUUUAUAAGGAGGGUUUAUAGUCCCAGAAACCUCAAUAUUAUUAUAAACCCCUAGUUAUAGCUCACCUUUUAGAUACAUUACACAUGUAACUGUCACAUUGAACAAACAUGGCAUGAAAUCAUAAAGCAACAUUAUUGUUGGCUCCUGCUGCCCCUUCAAAUGUAGCCUGUAGAACUAGUUCUUCCUUGUCCCUGGACAGUUUGGAAGUCACUGCAUGUCCAUUCACUUUUGGGUAAUAAAUUGCUCAUUAGUAAUUAAAUACAUCUAGUCCAUUGCAAGGGCUCUUAAACAUGUUUUGUGUGCCAUGGACCUCUUUGUCAGUCUGGUGAAUUCUAUGGACAUGUCAGAAUCAAGCUCUCAAAAUAAUGCAGAAAUGAGAUACUUAGGAUUACAGAGAAAAUGAGUUAUGUUGAAGUACAAUAUUAAAAAUAUUUUUAAAUGUAUGAUGAUAUAUGUUCUUUAAUUAACACAUUAAAUAACAAAAAAUAUCUAGUG